UUUUGACCCUAAGCGGACUCCGUUGUUGUCACUUGUUAGGCUGCAGCACUACCUAAGUGACAGGUAUCAUCCGUUAGCUCCCCAACAAUCCGACAAAUACGCAGAAUACCGACAGUAACUAAUGUUUACUCAGUAGGCAUGCUGAAGUUGAGUUUAUGUAUCGCACACUGAACGUCUUGUCGUGUAACUAGCACACCUAGCUGGUUGGUCUGCAGCAGUAGGCACGGAGCUAGGUUAGCUAGCUUGUCAGCUAACGUCGCAAGAGGGGAGAACGGAAACAAACGCGGCGGUCGGUUGAGCGUAAAGUGCUGCCGUGUCAGUGUCGGGGGAAAUAAUAAUUCAAAAAAAGACCACGAGGAGUGCCAGAAUGAACGUCCCUAAAAGUGGUUACCGUGUGUUUUCCGCUAACUCGUCCGCAGCGUGCACAGAACUGGCCAAGAAGAUAACAGAGCGGCUGGGAGUUGAACUGGGGAAGUCUGUGGUCUUUCAGGAGUCUAACAGAGAAACUAGAGUGGAUGUUAAAGAAUCCGUGCGUGGACAAACCAUCUUCAUCAUCCAGACUAUACCACGAGAUGUCAACACAGCCAUCAUGGAGCUGCUGGUUAUGGCCUACGCCCUCAAGACAUCUUGUGCAAAGAACAUCAUUGGCGUUAUUCCUUACUUUCCUUACAGCAAACAGUGCAAGAUGAGAAAGAGAGGCUCGAUAGUGAGCAAGUUGUUAGCUUCGAUGUUAGCUAAAGCAGGAUUAACACACAUCAUCACCAUGGACUUGCAUCAGAAAGAGAUCCAGGGCUUCUUCAGUUUUCCAGUGGACAACUUGCGUGCCUCCCCUUUCUUGAUUCAGUACAUCCAAGAAGAGAUUCCUGAUUACAGAAAUGCCAUCAUUGUUGCAAAGUCCCCAGCAGCAGCUAAGAGGGCUCAGUCUUAUGCAGAACGCCUGCGUUUGGGUCUGGCUGUGAUUCACGGCGAGGCUCAGUGUUCAGAGUCUGACAUGGCCGAUGGAAGACACUCCCCACCGUGUGUACGCAACACCACUGGACACACAGGGCUGGAACUUCCUUCAGGCAAACAACAAGCUCCGUUCCCUGGCAUAGAGCUCCCAAUGAUGAUGGCCAAGGAGAAACCUCCCAUUACUGUAGUCGGAGAUGUGGGAGGGAGAAUUGCCAUCAUUGUGGAUGACAUUAUAGAUGAUGUAGGAGACUUUGUUGCCGCUGCAGAGAUCCUGAAAGAGAGAGGAGCCUAUAAGAUUUAUAUCAUGGCCACGCAUGGCUUACUGUCUGCCGAUGCUCCGCGCCUCAUAGAGGAAUCCGCUAUCGAUGAGGUGGUGGUGACCAACACCGUCCCCCAUGAAGUACAGAAGCUACAGUGUCCUAAAAUCAAGACUGUGGACGUCAGCAUGAUAUUGGCUGAAGCAAUCCGCCGCAUCCACAACGGAGAGUCCAUGGCCUACUUGUUCCGUAACAUCACGGUGGACGACUAAGAGUCAGAGAGGGGGAGGGCUGAGGUGGGUCUGAUAGCGACUGAGGGCACUUUCUCCCAGUGCUGUAAAAAACAUGCUACUGUCAUGUUCCAUGCAUUGUGUAUGUCAGGAUUACUUGUAUCCUAAUUGAUUCCCAAUAAGUGAAUUAUUAUAAGAAUUAUCCAAAGUUGUUGAAACUUCUUUUCACAAGUUGUAAAUGUAUUUCCUUUUCAAGGAGCGAAAUGCAUCUUCUUCUUGCUGAGAAAGGAUAAAAAGAGCAAAGAAUGACUUUGAGCUUUUCGAUGCAUUUGGUCGCGUUCUGAAGCCUCUUCCCUGUCUUGCUGCUCCUGCUGAUUUUUCCAACUUCAACAAAAAGAUGCUUUGUAUUUUAAAAAUGUAUUUUGUCAUACACUGCGGUACCUCAUAGCCAAUGACUGACCUUCAGGCACAGCUGCUCAGCGGUGUGAUUUCUCUUGUGUUUAACUGGCUGUGCUCAUUCAAACCACAAACACCUGACUGAGCAGGAUCCUGCUUAUUGUUGCCGACAUUCUAUUUUUAUGCAGCUUUUUUUUCUUUUUCUUUUUUUUUUUUGCACCAUUUUUGGGAAUGUUCGGGAAAUGUAUGGGUCGCCAUGUGUGUAUGAAGGGGUCAGUUAGACUAAAUCAUGACAAAAAAUAAUUCGUAUUUACCUUUAAUUGUAUCUAGCCAAGAAGAGAGUUUUGGUUUGAUGCUGUGGGUUUGAGAAAUCUGCUUCUGAGAUUCCUGCUGCUUCCCCCUGUACAGUGGAAGUGAAUGUAAUUUACUUAAUGCAGCUCAAAGCAUCAAUAUCUGGCUAGGAACUGAAAAUGAUAUUUUAAAACCUCAGUGUUCAGAGUGGUCUAUGGUAUUUAAAAGACCAUUAAUUAAAUUCCAUUCACUCCCAUUGUAUUGUGGCUUUAGCAGAUGUCUUUAACAUUUCAUAGCUACAUAUAGCAGCAAGUUGGAAAUAUUUUAUCUUACUUUAUUUGUUAUUUGGACAAAUCGACCCUUUGGCAUGCAUCUUUCUUCUUUCUUGCAGUAGACAGAACAUUCAACCUUAAUCCACAAACAGUUGGGAUGCUGUGUAAAACUGUAAAAAUACAAACAGAAUCAUUUGCCAACAACCAUGUGUUUCACCAAGUGCUGAACCUCGCUCUACCUUUGCUUGUUGACAGCUGAGCCUUUUCGAGAAUGUCACUUUCAGACCCAAUCAGGAUACCAUGGCCUGUUUUCGAUGAAUCUGUUUACCUGGGAAAUGAUCCAAACAGUCCAAAUGGACCUUUCACAGUCUUCUGUUGUUUCUCUCCCAGCUUGUUUGAAAUGUGUCGGUGGCAUCAAAUUCAGAAUAAGCAUUUAUUUACAAAGAUUAAAUAUAUUCUUUGUACUGUGGUCAAUUGAGUAUAUGAGGAAAUUAUAAAAUGAUUACACUUUUUUAUCUUUUACUCAGCAUCCCAAGACUUUUGGAAUUGUGGGUUGUCCAUAGUUAGUUUACUUUACCUGCCUGAUGCCGACUGUGGCUGAAUUAACCAGAAACCAUCAACACUAAACGUCACUGUCGACUAAUUUUCAAACCAUAGCAACGGUUUUCUUUGUUGUGUGAGGUCUUUCUAAGCAGUCAGCAGUUUUUGGUUUGCAAUAAAAUAAAAUCAGCUUGCCGAAGCCUGUGAACCUCCUGCCUGGUUUAACUUUUCGUCACUUCCAGUGUUCUUAGCUGUUCUGAAAGGCUGCAUGUGCUGCUGGACUCAAAACUAAUCCAAACUUACUGCAGCAGCCAAGUUUACAGCAAUAGUGCUUUACACCAGCUAACUUGGAUGGGUAAAACUGCAGCUUGAUCAAUGGUUUAGGUGCGUAACUUAACAUGCAGGAGCACCAAUACGAUCUUGAUGUCUGCUCACAAUAUCUGCUGUGUUUCCUCAUUAGAAACUUGUCAACUGAGCAUUCGCACCUUGUUUCUUUUGGCUCUCUGAGUAAAUGUCAAAGUGAUGCUUUAGGAGAAAGUUGUGUAUUUCUAUGCCGAUUGAGCCUUUUGCUCAGGGAAAUAUAUUUUACAAGCUGAUGCACAACUUCUUGUUCUAACGGUUAUUUUAAUAUUUGUUCCUGUUUCACAUGUUAAAAAAACAUUUGCUGAGAAUGUCUUCCAUACAGCAGCACGGUACGUCCCCCCUCCCCCAAUCUUUUGUUUGCGAUUCUGCAUUUCUCUGAUGUGCUAACGGAUGGUUGUUCAACAGCUCGAUGCACAACGCCGCUGGUUUGUUGGCACAAAAUUGGAGGUUGUCUGUCAGCUCAGACUGUAUCUGUUUUUAGUGUAUUUCAUGAUGUAUCCCCCUGUGUCCACUGUUCUCCUGACAUGCCUGUGAUGUUGAGGACCUCCAGUUUAAACACUAACUCCCAUCUGUUUGCUCCAUGGCUUUUGUCAAUGUGUAUGAAAUAAAGCAGUUGCCUCUC